CUAUUUAGAUUGUCAGUUCAAGCAGAAUAUAAUGUAUUUAAUGUUUUACUUCAAACAUGUAAAUACUUCGAAAACGGUGCGAACGUGAGUGAAAAUUGAUACAGAUUGUCGGUUAGAUGAUGUGGGUAAAGAUUCUGGCGUUAAUGUUGAAAAUAAACACUUGAUUUGUAUACGUGUGUCGGUGUUGCUUUUGUUUUGAUGUGUACAUUACAAAUUUUAUUUUACAUAGGACUUUGAUUCUAUAUAAACGAUUGCAGGUCGCUCUUUGUGUAUAAAGUAUAUUAUAUAGUAGUUGAUCUAAAAAUAAUACGGGAGUUUUAGGACAACGCAGAGAUGGGUAAAUAAUGGAUUUACGAUGACCACAUGGAUACAUGUAAAAUCAGGAUACAGGACACAUGCCAUCUUCAUCGGCUUUUUAAUGGAAGUACUGCCGGGCGAUUUGUUUCGCAACAAAGAUCCGUCACAAGCGAGAAACUUCGAUGACCAAAGAGUGCGCAUGCGUCAAAAUCAUAAGACGCUUGGAUUUGUUUCAUCAGCGGACGAUUACAGAAGUCAGUCUUCCGGAUGUAGAUCAAAAGACGCUUAAAAAGACAAAAUCGAGAUUGAUUGGACGAUAACAUCCCAAGAGUGUUUAACCAAUAAUUGAUACCCUGAACAAACGAUUACUAUUGAAAGGUGUUGGAAGUUGUCAACUUGAAAUUGAAUGGUUAAGCGAACAAAAAUUUGAAGCGUAAAAAAACAACGAAACAAAUUGUUCUUUUUUGAUAAAAAAAAAACACGAUUGCCGGACGUAGGAAACUGCUUUAAUGGGUAAUUAGACAGCUCGUUUGCACAAUCGGUUGAUCUUCGUGUGGAAGCCUUUGGGCUUAUCGGUUCUUUGAAAGGCUUUAUGUGGGUAAUACUUGAUUACUUCAGACACCAGAUAAGUCGGGAUUUCUUCGUUAAUCGCGUUUGUACGCGAACAUUACGGAUGCUUUACAAUCGAACCAACUGCUGCCGUUCUCGUUGGUAUAGGAAGUGUUAAAGAAACGGUAUGGGCGUAUGCAAACUGAACUCCAUUGAUUACCGCCGAUAAUUCUUAAAUGGAAACGUGUGGGUUAAACUGCUCAUUGGAUAUGCUAUAGCAAAAGCCGGACUGGAAAACGAAAUUAGUCAGUGAAAAGAGAACUGUUACCAUGGCAUCGACACAUACACAUGUCAAGGUCGCGGACGUGUUAGCGGUGAUCUGUUUAGUCUUCUGCCAGGUUAUCAUCACCGUGGCGACGGGAUGUCUCGAAAACGAAGUCGCAGUCCAGUACAACGUAACAUUCAACAUCUGCUGCACCACAUGCGCAGCCGGAAGCGGUGUUGAGGUGGAAUGCACCCCGAGAGAAGACACCUAUUGUGUUCCAUGCGUAUCCGGACGGACGUAUUCGGAUAAGACUUCGCACGAGGAAGUGUGCAAACCGUGCUCAACGUGCGGAAACAACACUUUAUUUGUGCUACACCCUUGCAAUAUCACACAGGACACGAUAUGCCUGUGUCCGGAGGGUUCAUAUUAUGACAAAGAGGCCGAUAAGUGCAGAUUCUGCGACCUUUGCCCAGCAGGGUGGGGUGCGUCUAGAAGAUGUAGUGCUCAAUUUAACACGAUCUGUUCGCCAUGCGAACCCAAUGUGACGUUUUCGAACAAGCUGGACUAUUACUCGCAGUGCGAGGCGUGCUCCAAGUGUGGUCCCCAGAAGGUUAUGCUUCAGGAGUGUAUGACAACUGAGGACACCAUAUGCUUUAGUGUCAAUGCUGGGCGCCCACCCGCUGGACUCCCGCGCAUUAACCAUACCACGCCGAGGUUGGUCGACAGAGAGAAAGAUCGCGAUGGCGACAUUUUCCCGCUUUAUUGCUCCGCCCUCGUUUUGGUUGUCGUGGGGCUUGUGGGAUAUGUCAUUUUUAAACGAUACCAGCGCAUGCGCAGUAAGCGGCAACAGAAAGGCCCAUGCGCGCACGAAGAUAUUGAGUACUCGCGGGCCUCUGGAGGUGAUAGCGGUGUGUACGUGGAAAACGACUCGCCUAAAAUGUAUUCAUACUGUCUCGCGUCGCGGGUACGAGAUAUGCCGAUGAUGAAGCAGACAGAGCUCGAAAAAAUCAUGUCCGUGCCCGAGUGUGAUAGCUGGAAACGCCUUGCGAAAGAACUGGGCUACAGCAGCAAGCGUAUAGCACAUCUAGAAUCUAAGCACACACGUGAGAAGAACACGUGCUUUAGGCAUCUUCUACAUGACUGGGAACGCCGUGAAGUCGCCACCGUAUCGCGUCUUAUACAGUGUCUACGUAACGUCGGACGCGAAGACGCCGCAAGGGUCGUUUACGCUGAUACGACGGAAGGAAGGACGCAGCUUCUCUCAAAACCGCCAAGCACCUCCCAAAACGUGGCCUGAGUGGAGUUAAAAAUACCUUUGCGGGUUUUGACUGUGUAGUUGUGAUCACAUGUCGGUUCAUUUCGCUGGAUGGAUAAGAAACGUUGAGGUAAUUGAGUGUCAUUCGUAACUUUUUAUGGAAUUGAAAUCCGUUGGCUAUGAAAUUAAUGAUGACAUCAUACUUUUGCUGUGAUGUUAAUUUUGUUUGUUAUGCCUUAAACUAUGGCUUUAACGUGUUGUAUUUGUGCAUUCUGUUUCGAAUGACUGCUGACGUCAUCAUUAUUGUAUUAUUAUGAUUGGCAAUGACCAAUAACGUCACGAUCGGUGAUGUAUUGGUGAUUGGUAGGAUUGCCAAAGGCCACGCCUUCGAUGUUGGAAUAUUCUUUCCAUCCCUCCAAAGACACCAAGCACUGGUACUACCAGGAAACGGACUCGAUAGCGUUUCAAUGAGCUAUAGGCUUUCGAUACAAUCGAGCAUAAAUAAAAAAAAACGAAAUAUAUAUGUGUCUUGUUCUGUGAAAAUGAGGCCAAAUGCAUGUGCUAUAAGUGUCGUCCCAGAUUAGCCUAUGCAGUCCGCACAGGCUAAUCAGGGACGAAACUUCCCGCCUUCACUGUAUUUUUUGUGUAGAAGAGACUUCCUUUAAACGAAAAAUACCAUACAAGCGGAAAGUGUCGUCCCUGAUUAGCAACUCUUAUGUAUAACUAAUUGACCUUAAAAGUUUCAUUGUUUAGUUAUAAAAUAUUGGUGGGGAGGCCGUUCUUCUAGCGCUCUGAGACGUAUCAAAAAUGUGCUUGAACAAAUAUACGUUGUUUUCAUUGGUUGAUGUUCCACCCUUUUAAAAGACAAAAGUCAUACAAAUGUAUAAUUGUUGUCAUAGACAUAUUGCGUUUGGUAUACAAUUAAUUAGAUAUAAUUUAUUUUCGACAAAUAUUUUUUGUAAAUCGAUUAAACGUGUACUAAAUCAUUACUUGUUUAACGUUAUUUAUUAAUUUAAAACAUGCGUAACUUUACUUUUGUGUAUUAUAUUUGUUUCAUAAUAUUUUUUAAGUACACGUAGUUUUGUUUUAAUAAUGGUGUUCUAUAUGUUGAAUGCAUAUGGAUCGUUCUCUGUAAAAAAGGGGUUUAAUGCAUGUGCGUAAAGUGUCGUCACAGAUUAGUCUGUGCAAUCCGCACAGGCUAAUCAGGGACAACACUGUUCGCCUACACUGUAUUUUUGCUAAGAAGAUACUUUCUUUUAACAGAAAAUAUCAUAAAUGCGGACUGCACAGGCUAAUCGGGGACGACACUUUACGCAAAUGCAUUAAACCCCAUUUUCACAGAGCACGGCUCUUAUUAAAAAAAGUAUACAAUCAAGACCACUGGUGUUGUGUUACCAAUGCAUGCGUUUAAUAUAUCAAACCGUCCUGUGUUCUCAAUAUGACGACGCCAUUGCUCAUUAGUUCAAUGACUUAUAAUUCCGAAUUUUAAUGACUAACGGUCACGAAUAUGGUUGAGACAUUUUAGAUGUAAGAUCUAUUUGGAGUUAUAUAGACACAUUACAGUGAUCUUGCUGGAGUACAAGUAAUUUGCAGUGAAACGGGGAGAGCACUAUUAGGAAAUAUUUAUUCGAAAAAUUGUCACAAUUAGCUCCCUUGAAUUAUUUCGGUAAAAAUGCACACGAUAAAACACAUAGGCAAAUACACUUUUAUUAUGUUUGUUUAUUUGUUCUUAGAGGACAUAGAACUUAUUGUAUUCCUGUUGUAGUUUUUUUCUCAUAUGAUCCUGGUGCCAGUUCUUAAGGCAGAUAACUUCCAGUGCGUUGUUUCAUUUUAUGUUACCAUGGUAACAGGCCAGUGCCUGUUUGGACGGCACUGCUCGAUCUCUGUUAUAUGCUUUGUAAUUUGACUCGUUCAUAUUUAUUGGAUGACAAUAUUAUUAUGUACAUUUUCUUUUUCAAAUGUAUGUAAAAUGUAUAUGCAAUAAAACAUUAAACCUGUUACCACUGAGUAUUAUAUUUGUAUUUGUUACAUUAUACAUAGAGCAUAUUCAGAUGCACACCGAGUAAUCAA